AUGGCUAACAGCAGAGAUGUUAUCGAGGCCGGAAGCGACCUACAGGAGCUUUACAUCCCCCCUCCCGGGACCCCAAAACAAAUCGACGUCGUCGCCGUCCACGGCCUCGGCGGGCACUACCUCAACACCUGGACACACGUCCCCAGCCGCGGAAAUGGCGACGUAACACUGUGGUUACGGGACCUCCUUCCCCAGAAGCUGCCGAACGCCCACGUCAUGAGCUUUUCGUACGACUCGGCCAUCUACAGCAGAGCGGACCAGUCGGUGCGUGCUACCGCGGGCAAGCUGGUGCAGUUGCUGCGUAAUAUUAGAGAGGAAUACGAAGAUGAAAACCGCCCCAUCGUCUUCAUCGGCCACAGUCUCGGUGGUAUCAUCAUCAAGCAGGCCCUAAAACACGCCAAAGACAAACGUCCCCGCUUCUCCGACAUCCACACCAACACCACAGGCUUAAUCUUCUUCGCCACACCGCACCGGGGCGCCGACGCCGCGCGGUGGGCGGCCAUCGUCAUGGACAUCGCGUCCAGCAUGUCGCUGAGACCCAGCUCCGGGUUCCUGAAUGCGCUGCAGACCGACUCGGAGACGCUACUGAGCGUGUCGGAGGACUUUUUGCCGCUGGCGGGGAGCGUGCAGUUGGUUAGUUUUUGGGAGGAGCAUACGCAUCCUGUGCUGGGGAAGCCGGUCGUCGACAAGUCGUCAGCCGUGAUGGGACUGCCGAACGAGGAAGUCAUGAUGCUAGGGGGCAAUCACCAGGCGAUUUGUAGGUUUGGAGUGGGCGAUAGACGGUUUGAUCCCGUGUGGAGAGCGAUUAGGCGAUCCGCCAAGAAACUCUCUCCCGGGCUCUUCUAA